GGGGCGCAACUCGCAAGCAAGCGAGCAAACUGGUUUGGUUUUGUAGGGCUUGCACCACUGCACCGCUCUUUCGGCGAGACAGUCCAAUUUAUGCAUUACGGCUAUGUAGGCACUAUACGCUAUCAAAACCCUGUGCCCGGACUUUUACAACCAUUCGGCAUCAUCAUUGCAAUAGUUUCAUUUAUCAAGUGCCUACAGACUCGAAAUUCACUAUAAAACAAAAAAAUCGGUAACAAAAAAACGAAUCCGCGGGAAAAUUUGUUAAUUCUUUUCAAUUUGUUCAAGUUUGUUUUUUUCCGUUCUCUCGAAAUUAAAAAUUCUUUUCCACCAAACGAGGAAUCAUCGAUGCAAUUCACUGGAUUCACUCGAUUCACUGGAUUCACUGGAAGAUAAGAAAACUGAAGGAAUAUACGUAGCAAAGGAAGUAUCAUCUAUGAUCCGCGUGUGUUUUUUCGAAUACGCGUCUACUGAUAAAGUGUCGAUAAUAUGAAUUGCACAUUCUCGAGGAAAAGGUCGUGACUCUUUGUGUUGUUGUUGGUGCUGGAAUUCACUGCUGGAAAAUUCGAGUCUUCAGGAAAAUAAAAAUUCGGUUAAGCUAUGGCAGAGGGGAAUGGGGAAAUAAAAAUGGAGGAGAAGCAGUCAAAAGAGGACAUGGAGUGUGUCGAGCGAACGGAAGAUUACGCAAAGCUAAUCCAAUAUGGACUCGACGAAAAAGUGUCUGGCAAGCUCGACGAAAUUUACAAGACCGGCAAACUGGCCCACGUGGAUUUAGACGAAAGAGCGUUAGACGCUCUCAAGGAGUUUCCGGUGGAUGGCGCAUUGAAUGUGCUCACGCAAUUUCUCGAAUCUAAUCUAGAACAUGUAUCAAAUAAGUCGGCGUAUCUCUGUGGAGUUAUGAAAACUUACAGGCAAAAAAGCAGAGCUGGCCAGGGCACCGGGACCGCCACAACUCCGAAGGCACCUGACGAAGAUAAAAUUAAGAUGAUUCUAGAAAGAACAGGAUAUCCCUUAGAUGUGACUACAGGACAAAGGAAGUACGGCGGCCCUCCUCCAAAUUGGGAGGGUCCUACUCCAGGAACUGGUUGUGAGGUGUUUUGUGGAAAAAUACCAAAAGACAUGUACGAGGAUGAAUUAAUUCCAUUGUUUGAGAAAUGUGGCAAAAUUUGGGAUUUGAGGCUGAUGAUGGACCCAAUGUCAGGUACCAACAGGGGAUAUUCAUUUAUCACUUUCACGAAUCGAGACGCUGCACAACAGGCGGUUAGAGAGCUCGAUAAUCACGAAAUAAAACCCGGCAAGAGUCUGAAAGUAAACAUUAGCGUUCCUAAUCUACGACUUUUCGUGGGGAACAUACCAAAGUCAAAAGGCAAAGAGGAGAUCUUGGAGGAAUUUGGUAAAUUAACAGCCGGCUUAACCGAGGUGAUCAUCUACAGUUCUCCGGACGACAAAAAGAAAAAUAGGGGUUUCUGUUUUUUGGAGUACGAGUCACAUAAAGCGGCGUCCUUGGCUAAACGCAGGCUCGGCACCGGUCGCAUGAAAGUUUGGGGGUGUGAUAUUAUCGUCGACUGGGCUGAUCCCCAAGAGGAGCCCGAUGAGCAAACAAUGUCCAAAGUUCGUGUUCUGUAUGUUAGAAAUUUGACUCAAGACUGUACGGAAGAGAAACUAAAGGAAUGCUUCGAACAGUAUGGCAAAAUUGAAAGGGUAAAAAAAAUCAAGGACUAUGCUUUUAUACAUUUUGAAGAUAGAGAAAAUGCCAUGAAGGCGAUGCGGGAAGUAAACGGCAAGGAGAUGAGUGGGUCCCAUAUAGAAGUCUCCCUCGCGAAACCGCCGUCCGACAAAAAGAAGAAGGAGGAAGUUUUGCGAGCCAGGGAACGUAGAAUGUAUCAAGUGUUGCAAGGACGUGGCGGAAGUUCUCCGUCACAUCCUAGUAUGAUGGGCGGCCCAAUGGUACCACGAGGACCUGGUCAAGGACCUCGUGGUACUGGAACGGGUAUGCGAGGACCUAUGGGACGUGGCGACUAUGCUCUCAAGGAAAUAGAUUAUGAUUACGACUAUUACGGUUAUGGGGAUUAUCGAGGUGGCUACAGUGAUCCAUAUUACGAUGACUAUUAUCGAUACGAAGAUUACUAUUUCGAUUACGCGCCGCCUCCGCCACCUGCCAGAGGGAGAGGCAGGCAGCCUCAACCGGCUGGUCGUGGGCGUGGAGUGGUGGCGCGUGGCCGGGUCGGUGGCCCCCAAGCCCGUUUACCAGCCAGGCGGGGACACAACCCCGUAACCUCAGGGGCCCGUGGGGCCCUGCGGCCAACCGUUCGUGGGGGGGUCCGCGCCAAGGGAAGUUUACCAGGUGAGGAUGCAGGUAAACGAAAGUUUGACGGGGGUCACCAGAACCAGGGGGAAUCUAAACGUCGCUUCCAGAGCAGCUGGGGAAACCAGCCCCUUGCCCAACAGCCAUUGGGAUAUGGAUUGGCGAGUGUAAACGGUGGCGGUAGUGGUGGCGCUGGGUCUGGUGACGAACCGAAAUGGUACCAAGACAGCUAUCAAUCGUGGAGCUAACUUCUGCCAGCUUGCAAAUGAACGAGCGUUAUUCGUAAAUAAAAAAAAGCGAUACAUCGUGAUUUCGGGGUGUAGGGGGACGAGAAAGUUUUAAUAGCGAAAAAGAGUGCGUGUGAAUUAUUAUGCGAGAGAAAAUGAAGAAUGAGAGAGAGAGAGAGGAGAGAGAGAGCAACAAGAGAGAGAGCGAGAGAGAGAGAAAGAUUACUGCAAAACUUUGUAUAAGAGUUUAUUAAUAUUAUUGUUCCGAUGAAAUGUGACUUGUAAAUGUUUUUUGACGAAAUGCAGCACCGCGCUCUGCGCCGCCACCAUCGCCUGCUGUGUUGUGAUUAUGUACAGUGAUGUGCCACUGGGACUGUAUUAUUUUUAUCUCGGAGUGACCACCCACCCCGUACUACUAUUACAAUACUACUACUCUAAGUAUCACUAACUGCAUUGUCACAUUGUUUACUGCCAAGUGAAGAAGACCGUUCGGCGAUUUCAUACGCUGACAUCCGGAUUGUGAUGGCACGUAUUAAUUAAGAGGACUUUUGAAUGGUUCAAUUAUUAUGCGAUAUAGUUGACUAAUUGUCGUGAAUGUGAACGAAACAGAACAAAAUGUAAGCAAGUAAGAGUGAAUCAGAAAGAGAGAAUGCGAGAGAAUGAAUUCGCUGAAAGGAGAAUUCGUCUCCUUUUCUAAUUUGUAUGAAUUUAUGAAUUUUGAGUGAAAAGGAAAGUGGAGUGUCUGUGUGUGCGUGGAGCGCGCCAAGCGCGAUUAGACCUUCUAUUGUUGGUCUAUAAUGUGUACAGUCAGUGAAACUAUUAUUAUUAAGAGUCAGGAAAGUUUUGCGAUAAAAUGGAGAGUAAGAAAAUUUGCUAGCCGCAACUUGUGUGAGUUUCUGCGAUGAUAUGGAUUGUCCGAUCGUCAGAAUUAACAACAAAAAAACGAGGAAAAGAGACCGAUUGGUUCGAAGGAAGAAAUAUUGCUCAUGAAUGAGAAAAAACCCACUUGUACAGUAAAUUUUCAGAACCCAAAAAAAAAAAAUAUUAACGAGAACACUCGUUUCUAAAUUGUAAACUAUAUAUUUAUUCUCGCUAAAUGAGCGCAUUGAUAAAGAACUGCGAAAAAACAGUUGAUGUUGUCCACCUUUAAAAGGAUAGGAAAUUGUGAGAGUUAGAAAGCGCGAAAUUUUUUUUCACGAUUAUUGGAAAUUUUUUAAAAAAAAGUCAAACACAUCUCAUCAUCUCCUUUACACAAAUACACUCAUAAACAAGUACACACACAUUCAUGCAAUAGAAGAAAAAAAGAUGACUGGCUACCGGAUUGAUAAUGAUAGUUACAGAUUGAAAAUAGAACGCUAGUGCGCAAUUUUAUUCAAAUGCAUUCAAACACAUACAGCACACACUUUUUUGAGUGUUGACUUAUUGUUAUUGUUAGUCUGUUAGUUAAUUAGUAAGAGUUGUAAGUGCGGGCUGUAGUUGGUCCCUGUCCCUGGAGCCCAGACAACCCCCUGUUCUGGAAAAUUAUUUUAACGAAAAAAAGAUAACACCACUCGAUGUAAAACACGCACCCCCCGAAGAUUGAAUACACCGAUAAACUUGGGACUGAAAACACGAGGUUGAUGAAUCCUGCAAAUGAACCAACAACCUCGUGUGUCCGCUCCUCAGUUUAUUUUGAAAAUCCGGCUCAAGAUCAAGAUCAAUUGCUGACUGUAUUAAAUUUUCCCCCUCUCGCGAUUUUUACCAAUCCGUUAAGGAAAAUUUAACGCCAUCAACAAUUUUACAUUCCAAUUUUCAGUUUGGAAAUUGGAAAAACUAAAACUAAAACUAAAACUAAAAAAAGAAGAAAAAAAUCGUGAAUCCAAAACACAAUAGUUUUUUCAUUGCGUAAUACAGUAACGAAAACGAGAGUAACACCAAAACAGUCUGGACGAAGAUAAAUUGCUCGCAAAUCCUCUUAUUUAUGAGCAUUUUGUUAAUCUUUAUUCAUGUUUUUACGUAAUUCUAUAUAAUUAUUUCUUCUUUAAAAUCGCCGCCGCAUUGGCUGCAAAAAUGAAAAAAAAAAAAAAAUGUUCUUCACCUAGUAAUAAUGUUGAGCUCCAAACUCCUACCCCCAAAAACCCUCCCUUGAAAACUCAAAAAAAAACCGUCUGAAUUCUAAUUAAAAAAAAGCCAAAAAAAAAAAAAAAAAAAAAAAAACUUUUUGUAU